AUGCCGGCACAAAAGAUCGAAACAGGUCACAACGACGUGGUUCAUGAUGUAUCCAUGGAUUAUUAUGGAAAACGAGUGGCAACAGCGUCGUCUGAUGCGACUAUAAAAAUAAUCGGUGUUGGCAACAGUUCUUCUUCUCAGCAUCUCGCUACUUUGAUUGGGCAUCAAGGUCCAGUUUGGCAGGUAGCUUGGGCACACCCCAAGUUUGACUCGAUGCUUGCUUCCUGUUCUUAUGAUGGUAAGGUCAUCAUCUGGAAGGAAGGUAAUCAAGGCGAAUGGUCUCAAUUUCAUACUUUCACCGACCACAAAUCAUCUGUCAAUUCUAUUGCUUGGGCACCACAUGAGCUGGGUCUCUGCUUGGCUUGUGGAUCGGCUGAUGGGAAUAUCUCAGUCUACACAGCGCGAUCAGAUGGUAGUUGGGAAACAACGAAAAUUGACCAAGCACACCCCAUUGGAGUCACUUCAGUUUCAUGGGCCCCUUCAAUGGCCCCUGGUGCUUUAGUUGGAUCUGGACUUCUGGAUCCCGUUCAGAAGUUGGCAUCUGGUGGCUGUGAUAAUACAGUGAAAGUUUGGAAGCUAUAUAACGGUACUUGGAAGAUGGACUGUUUCCCUGCUCUACAAAUGCACUCCGAUUGGGUGAGAGAUGUUGCCUGGGCACCGAAUUUGGGGCUUCCAAAAUCAACAAUUGCCAGUGCUUCGCAGGAUGGUACGGUGGUCAUAUGGACUGCGGUAAAAGAAAGCGAUCAAUGGGAGGGUAGAGUUUUGAAGGACUUUAAGGUUCCUGUUUGGAGGGUCUCAUGGUCUCUGACUGGGAACUUGUUGGCCGUGGCUUCUGGGGACAACAGUGUCACAUUAUGGAAAGAGGCAGUUGAUGGGGAGUGGCAAGAGUUCACCACAGUCGACCAGUAA